UUCACUUUACUUUGUGUCACUCUCUUAAUCAUUUCAUUCUCAACUCAACCAUCUCCCCUUGUACGUCCUCCUUCCUGUCCUUGAAUGGUUUUGAUGCGUCAUCAUAAAAUUUCAAGAGGGGCCUUUCGGAUUCUUAGCUCCUAAAUUCCCAAAUACAAUUUCACUGCAGAUAGGUGAAUGAAAAACUCGGUGACAUCACAAGCAAUGAACACCUCGAGUGAUCACAACAAGAUGGCUGCUGGUGUUGCUGUCUUCGACCCUUCAUCGAGGAACAGUGAAGAAGAAACAAGGGUUGAAGAAGAGGAAGAAGAGGAGAAAGAGCUAACGAUCGAGGAGCUUGAGACGAGGAUGUGGAGGGACCGCAUGUUGCUGAGGAAGCUGAAGGAUGACAGAAGGGAGAGAGAGAAAGGGCAAACGGUGGAGAUGCUGAAGAAAAAAGCCAUGACUCGUGCACAAGACACUGUGCUGAAGAACAUGCUGAAGAUGAUGGAGGUUUGUGAUGUACGAGGCUUCGUUUAUGGCAUCAUUCCCGAGAAGGGGAAGCCAGUGAGUGGUGCCUCUGAUAACCUUCGUGCUUGGUGGAAGGAUAGGGUCAGGUUUGAUCGUAAUGGUCCUGCUGCAAUGCUUAGGUAUGAAGAAGAAAGUGGGUUUGAUGAGCAGAUCAACGAUUCAUUCAGUGGAGACCCAUCAACCCAUUACGCCUUGUGUGAUCUGCCAGACACAACUCUUGGGUCACUCUUGUCAUGUCUGAUGCAGCACUGUGAUCCCCCCCAGAGGAGGUACCCAUUGGACAAGGGCCUUACCCCUCCAUGGUGGCCCACUGGGCAGGAGACGUGGUGGCCCGAGUUGGGCUUUUCGGUGGACCCAGGCCCACCUCCCUACAAGAAGCCCCAUGACCUGAAGAAGGUUUGGAAGAUGUGUGUGCUCACUGCAGUCAUAAAACACAUGUCCCCUGACAUCACUAGGAUCAAAAACAUUGUGCGCCACUCUAGGACCCUUCAGGACAAGCUCACUGCCAAAGAAACUGCUAUUUGGACCGCUGUGGUCAAACGUGAAGAGUCAAUUGCCAAAAAAUUGCACCCUCACUUGUUCCCAUCAUCACUACCUUUGAGAAGGGCUAACUUGUUCCUUGAGACAAAUGGUUAUGGCAUUGAACCAAGUGGUGCUAGAAAUUUUCUUGGAGGCCAAAAUAACACCACCAAUAAUGAUAUACUCUUAGCAAGUGCUGGUGCUAGAAAUUUUUUUGGGGGGCAAAAUAACCCUAAUCCUAACCCAAACCUUAACCAUAACCCUAAGCCUAACCCACCACCAGCCACCAAUAAUGUUACUAAUGCUGGUGCUAGGAAUUUCCUUGGGAGCCAAAAUAAUCCACCACCAACCACCAAUGUUGCCGAUGAUGGUGCUAGGAAAUUUCUUGGGGGGCAAAAUAAUCAAUCACCAACCACCAAUGUUGCUAAUGGUGGUGCUAGAAGUUUUGUGAUGGGGCAAAAUAACCCAUCACCAACCACCAAUGUUGCUAAUGGUAGUGCUAGAAAUUUUCUGGAGGCACAAAACAACCCAUCACCAACCACCAAUGUUGCUAAUGGUAGUGCUGGAAACUUUCUGGAGGCACAAAACAACCCAUCACCAACCACCAAAGGUAGUGCUAAAAUUUUUCUGGCGGGGAACAAUAAUCCACCAUCAACCACCAGUGUUGCUAAUGUUGGUGCUAAACGUUUUCUUGGGGGGCAAAACAGUCCACCACCAACUACCAAUGUUGCUCAAGGUGGUGCUAGAAGUUUUCUUGGGGGCCAAAAUAAUCCACUUCCAACCACCAAUGUUGUUAAUGGUAAUAACAACAAUAGUAUGGUUGCAAUGAACAAUGGCAUUGUUAUGCCACCGGAUAAUGGUGGUAAUAAGAGAAAGGCUGGGGCUGUUCAAGAUAUAACAAUUCCUCAUGAGGCCUAUUCCUGCCACAACCUUCAAUGCCCUUAUCAUGAUGAGACCCCCUUUGGGUUCAAUGACAGGAAUGCGAGGAACAAUCACCAGUUAACAUGCAGAUACAAAGGCAAAAGCCCUGUGCAAGUGGUUGUUGAUGAGUCAAUGUCUCAGAUUGGAAGUGGCAAUAACCCUAAUAUAAUGCCUCUUGGUCAACCUAACCACACUGCUGCACCAAUUGUGAAUCAAAAUCAGGCUCUCAGUAAUGGUCAACCAAGGCACACUGCCACACCAGGUGUGAAUCAAAAUCAGACUCUUCCUGUUGGUCAACCUAGGCACACUACUGUUGCACCAAGUGUGAAUCAAAUUCAGAAAGCUACUAUUAACAGUGACAGUCAUGAAGAAAUGAAUAUGGGGUCAGGUUUGAUGCACAACAACAUGAAUGUUCAGCAGAACAAAUCCACAAGUGCUGGCAACAACUUGAUUAAUGUUCCUCUAGCAAGCCAAAACCAGCAGGUGCAAAAUGUUCAGCCUCAUGUGGACGCGAAUUUAUUUGGAGAAAGUGUCGAUAGAGCCAAUGGCUACAAGCUGGAAUCUGAAGUACUCAAUGUCCCAAUGCAGCAUGCAAGUGUCUCAACUCCAAUAGAUCCUCCCUAUGAAUGGGAUACAUAUAAUCCCCAAUCUGAUGCUUCUGCUUUCAACUAUGGAUUCAUGGACUUUCCCUUGUUGACAACAACUGGCCAAGAUUAUCUUUGGCUAUACAACUAAAGAAACAAGUGUUGAAAAUUCAAGUAGAGUAUAUUGCUGGAAUAGGAACAAAGAUGGGAUUUAUAUAGUUGCCAAAACUGAAGCUGCAAGAGUCUACUUGAAUGAGUGUAAGUUUGAACAGGUAGUUUACAGUUUUUUUUUUUGAACGGCUAAGAAAAUUUUCAUUAAAAAGGUACCAGUGGUACCAAAAACAGGUAGUUUACAGUUGAAGGAACCUGUUUUUCCUUUACAGGUGGAGAUUGUAUUUUGGGGAAGUUCUUGGUUUUGUAAAUAUUAUUUUGGAGUCCAAUAAAACGAAGGGUACCCUUAAUUUUGUAUUAAGGAUGAACAAUGAAUGCCAGUGCAUGCAUGCAUGUCUAGGAGUGGGAUCUUGGUCAAUGUUCAAACAUGUUAUGCUUAAUUAUGCAAAC